ACCACGUAUAAUUCAUGGCUGAAGAGAGAUACCAUCGAUUGAGAGGAAUCAAAUGAUGCUUUGUUGAUUAAAUAAGAAUACAUUUCCUUUUACUGACCGUUUCGUGGUGUUCGACCACCCAUUGUCCAAAGGCAACAUGACCAACAAUGAGCAAGAUCUCGGACAAGCCCACUGGCUUUCCAAAUACGCAUCGAACUACCAUGCCUGGCAUACUGCGACCUUGGACGGGCGAAAAGUAUAUUCUCGACCUAUUGGUCUGGUAGAGUCUUCUUUUGACGCGGAUGGAACCGACUUUGGCGGUCGCGCAGAUAUGAAUGCCCUAUUCACCUUGCAAAUCCGGCAUGAUCUCUCCCAGGAACAGUUUCGACAUCGAAUUGCCUUAGCAUGGGCAAACUUACGUCUCCAGCAUGUUAUGCUUCAGAGUUGGGUGCACGAGAAUGAACAAAGUGGCCAUCGUAAAUUCGUGGUGGGGCUUCAUGAUAGCAUAGACGACGUCCUUGAAGAAACCUUGAAGUCAAUCGUUUGGGUCGAAGAUGUGUACGAAACAGUAGACGACGCUGAGCUGUACAAACAUUGUCUAAACGUCGGAAGAAUCGUGGAUCCAUCCAAAUGCCUUUCACGGCUACAUGUACUUCCGCUCACUCGAUUGCCAAACGGCAACUACAAACUCCGGUUCCUGAUCAUCAUCGCCCACCAAACAUCCGAUGGUCUCAGUGCAUAUAACUGGUUCUCAAACUUCAUUCGCAUACUCAAUCUUCCUGCUGAAGCCAUCAAGCAGGAGAUUGAAUCAUUUCGAUAUCCCGAGAGUAUAGCAUCUCGAUUACCGCCUGCACAGGAAGAUCUUUACCCACCUGUUGCUGGCAACAAGGCUCGGCAAAGAUGGUUCUGGGCGAUCAUGAGGAUAUUAAGAUACAUCAGCAAAGGCACCCCGCCUCAAAUGGUGAAUCCACUCAGAAGAGAACAGCGUUUAUCCAAGGCUGUUGAGUUCCCUCCUACGUUCGACCAACUAUUCGACUACUCAGAAGGGAGGAGACCACCAAUGAAUUCUGGCCAUGUCAACGCCGUUCUAUCCAAAGAAGCGUCAAUUCGUCUCAUCGAUUUGUGUCGGUCGAUAAAAGUCAGUGUCGGCGCUGGUUGCUUUGCUCUUGCUGGAAUUUCCAUGAUGGAAAUCCAUGAGCAACGAUACCCGGAUAUCGCAGACUCGGAGCGAAAGCCUUUCGUCGCAUCUUUUCCCUUGAACCCUCGCGCGUUCUUUGGGUUCACCACGCCGGCCGAUUCAUGUAUGUUGGCCUUUAGCGAGGGUAUAACUAUGCCCUUUCUCUCUUCUUCACUGCCCUUCGAAGGCCGUUUCCGGUUGAUAGCCAAGCAUGCAAACCGCGAACUACGUGUGUAUCAGAAGAGAUUAAAGUCUGCCGGUAAAGGUUCGUGUUUCGAUUCGCACUCUCCUAGUCGGCUACUAGCGACUGGAUAUAUCGCAGCCAUUGAACGCUUCGAAGAUAAGCUCGCUCCUCACCGGAAAACUGGUAUCAACCCUCAAGGGCAGUACAAACCUACUGGGCUGGUGGGUGCUACCUGUGGAGUCAGCUCCGUAGGCUCUACUGCCAGCUAUUUCAAGUCAGGGGUUCACGAUUUAGACGACGUAGGGCGGGUGAAGGGUAAGGAUUUUGGCGCAGACUACCUUAAUCUACGGAUGGGUGUCAGAGCAAGAGAUAAUGAGUUUCUAGUUGGAAGCUCUACGGACUAUGACGGAAUCGUUGGAUUCGGUGUUAGCUAUGAUGCAAGCGCAAUUUCUGAAGAGGCAGCCAACGGAUGGGCAGAGAAGAUUAGUUCCUUAUUUGAAGUGGGAAGGGCAUCUAAAUUGUGAGAUCUCCCUUAUCAAGAGUCCGGAACGUCCAUUAUGGAAAGAUUGAAAAGCUUUCAUUGUUUUGUCACUUGGUCUCCAUCAGCUCCGUUGCCUUGAAGAUAGUCUUGGCCGUGUGGGAUGUUGUGUAACCGCACCGUUGGUUCAGCCUGAAGGCUGCAGAUAACAACCUAUUUGCUCUCACUUGUGUGCUCUGUACAUAUCACAUAAUCUUAGUGUUGUACCGCAACCGUUUCAUUAACUUCGCGGUUCAUGAGGC